AUGCUCGCCGCAAUGCAGAGUCAAGACGUGUUUGGAGGUUUGGGGAGUCGAUUUGCAUCAUCGAAAUUUGCCACGGAUAAUACAGGCUUCAGUCAUGGUGCAUUCCAUUCGAAUCAUGGGCCGUAUCCGGCUUUGGGAGACCGCAACCUGCGGAAACCUACCAUUCCGUCAAUAGCUACGGCCAGUAAAGACCAACUACCACAUUCUUAUAGCGCCAACGAGCAGACGCCGGGGACCACCUUCGAUAUGAAUUUCACACCUCUUUUGCCUUCUCAACUCUUACUCGGCAGCCCCUUUCAACCUGGCUCUCCCGGUUCCUUCGCUUCGCCCCAAUUCCCGAGCUUGAAUCGUUUCCCCCAGGGGACCAAUGCUCUACACCAUCAGACUCAGCAGUAUCAACCAAAUCCGCAGGCUCCAGCUCAGAUUGCCAGCCCAACCCAAAGCAAUGCCAAUCCGAUGUCGCCUCAAGCAUAUCAGACCGUUGUGUCUCCAGAAAACUAUACGGCACAGUCCCCGACGGGAUUUUCCGGCUUAGGAGGGGCUGCGUUUGGCCACUAUCAACCGAUGGUGGGAAUGGGUCACACAUACAUAACAAGCACCAGCCGAACCGUAUAUCUGGGCAACAUUCCCGCCGACACUUCUGCCGAGGAAAUUUUAAGCCAUGUCCGAAGCGGCCAGAUUGAGUCUGUGAGGCUGUUACCAGAGAAAAAUUGUGCAUUCAUUUCAUUCCUUGACAGCAGUUCGGCCACCCACUUUCAUUCGGAUGCUAUCCUGAAAAAGCUGGCAAUAAAGGGUCACGAUAUAAAGAUUGGUUGGGGCAAGCCAUCUCAAGUGCCCAGCUCCGUUGCACUCGCUGUUCAGCAAUCGGGAGCAUCACGGAAUGUCUAUUUGGGCAAUCUCCCGGAAGACAUUACCGAACAAGAGAUUCGGGAAGAUUUGGGCAAGUUUGGCCCGAUUGAUACCGUCAAGUUGGUUCGGGAGAAGGCUAUUGGCUUUGUGCAUUUCCUUUCCAUUGGCAAUGCCAUCAAGGCCGUGGCACAGCUCCCUCAAGAACCCAAAUGGGGCCCUCCUCGUCGGGUAUAUUAUGGAAAGGAUAGAUGUGCCUAUGUUUCCAAGACCCAGCAGCAGAACGCGGCACAAUACUUGGGCAUUGCUCCUGGUUAUGCACACGUCCUGAAUGGAGCCGACCGGGAUCUGAUCUCAAAUGCUCUGGCACAGCAAUCAGUCGCUGCCGCGGCGGUCGCGACCACCGCUGGUGGCGUGAACAACCUUGGGAACCGGACCGUGUACCUGGGAAACAUUCACCCCGAGACCACGAUCGAAGAAAUUUGCAACGUGGUCCGAGGAGGUCUCCUUCACCAUAUCCGAUAUAUUCCCGAUAAACACAUCUGCUUUGUGACAUUUAUCGAUCCGACAUCGGCCGCGUCGUUUUAUGCAUUGAGCAAUCUUCAGGGCCUCAUGAUUCACAACCGACGAUUGAAAAUUGGCUGGGGGAAGCAUUCUGGAGCUCUCCCGCCCGCCAUUGCUUUGGCCGUGAGCGGAGGUGCGUCGCGAAAUGUGUACAUUGGUAAUCUGGACGAGAGCUGGAGUGAAGAACGACUUCGACAGGACUUUUCCGAGUAUGGCGAGAUUGAGUUGGUCAACACCUUGCGAGAAAAGAGCUGUGCCUUUGUCAACUUCACAAAUAUUGCCAAUGCCAUCAAGGCCAUCGAGGCGGUUCGGGGUCGGGAAGAAUAUAAACGCUUCAAGAUCAAUUUUGGCAAAGACCGAUGUGGCAAUCCUCCUCGUCAGAACUUGAGCAAUGCCAGUGGCAACCACGCACGCCUCCAGGGCUCCCUUGACGGUGCUGGCUCUCCGGUGGCAAUAAAUGGGUUUGAAAAUCCGGUGUCGCAGUCGGGUUCCAGCCCGACAAGAUCGACCGUUCCCGUGGGACCCAAGGCUUCAUUAGGGUCAUCUCAGUCGGCCUCUCGUCAGCAUCCACCGAAUAUGGCGGCUCCGACCCCUUCGGCAAUCUUGAAUGCGGGCAGCAACAAUCCGCUGACGAUGUAUUUAUCCCACGUGUCUCAACAACAAGCUCAAGCGGAGCAGGACAUGCGCGAAGAUACCCUGACGUUCGCCUCGUUACAACAGCAACAAAAUCAAGCUUUGGCAAGCCAGCAGGCGGCUUUAUAUGGCGAGAUGCCCAAUGGCCAUAGCGGGCUUGAUGCCACCACUCCAUCUCAUGUACCGCGACAAAGCAGUGUUAGUGGUGGAUUUGGUUCGAACCCUCUCAACAAUGGCGCGUCGACAACCGCCGGCAGUCUCCUGGUUCCCACCAACACGGGGCUCGGAGCCGGUCGAAGUGCGCAUUCAAGAGCUGUUUCUCUUCCUGCGUUCUCACAGGAGAUUUUCGGCGGACAACAGUCUACUCAACAAGGCCCAUCAUCGUCACGCGGCUUCGGUGGACAUGCACCCCAAGGAAGCUUUGGGGGUUUUGGAUCGGCCUUUGGCACGGGCUUUGGGACCAGUGGAUAUAAUGGACUUGGACUGACGAGCGACAGCCGCGGGGGCCUCUCUGGCUGGGCUGAGGAGGAGAUUGGGGCAAAAUAA